AUGGGUGCCGGUCAACGUCGUCGUCGUGCCGCAGAAGCUGCUACUGCAGCCCUCGCCUCCGCCUCAGUACUCUCCUCUUCCUCCCCUACCGAGUCCAUGUUUGACUCCUCUACCGCUAGCUUCACUUCUGUCACCUCCUCUCCUACCACGACUCCUUCGUCGGCCCCGGAGACUCCAUCCAUUAUUGUCGAUGAACUAUCGAAGAACCUUGCAUCCACCUCUAUCAAUGAGGUAAGUGACAUGGUACCGGCCAAACCAUAUGUCUUCAUUGCAAUUGACCUCGAGGCAAAUACGCAUGACUACACAUGCUUUGCCAACAACAAGACCUAUACCCGAGGUACGCCAACCCAAAUUGGCAUUUCCAUUCUCCGAGCCAAUGGCAACAAUGCGGCUCUCUUUGCAAGCGAUCCCAACUCCCCGGCUGGCACCACCUACCGCCACCUCAAAUUCAAGGAGUUCGCCAAGUACAGAACCAGAAUCGGAAAGCUCAAGGCGGGCGAAAAGGUCGAAUUCCUGUAUGGAAAAACUGAGAUUGUUCCUCUCGCUAGAGCUAAUAGCCUCCUCACAAAGCUCAUUGAAGAUGAGCGUCGACACGGUGAGGUAGUUUUGGUUGGUCAUGCCAUCCAAAAUGAUCUCAAGAUCUUGGGAAUGGGAGGAAUUACCGCCUUCGACGCCCUUUUUCCGGAGGCUGUGGACACCCAGGCCAUACACCUUCCACCAGGAAGCAAGCAAGGCAGAAGCUUGAUAAAUCUGGUGCUGGGUUACGACAGUUCCAUUGAAACCGGCUGGCAGCACAAUGCCGGUAACGAUGCCGCCUGGACCCUUUGGGUCAUGGCUAAGAAGCUCCCUAGCAUUCUCACAGUCUCGGAAUCUGGAAAGGAGAUGGUGCUGGACAACUCGAAGACUCUUAGGUUUGCGCCAAGAGCCCAAUUCAACGACUACGACUACGACGAUAUGUAUGAUCUUUAA